AUGCACAAUUGAAACAUGUCAAAGGUUACUGGGAAUUCCCAAUCACUAAAAAUAGUUUGAUAUUGAACUAGAAUUCGUAAACAACUGUAAAUUUGCACACGAUUCGGUACACACCACUAUUAUGAAUUGAUGUAGCCAAAAUAUCUAAUACUGCUGCUAUUAGACCCCGUAUAAUAUUAUUACUUCGAUCAAACUGAGAAACAUAUCGUUUUUAAUGGACAUAAGCAGAUUGAUUCUUAUAAAAAUCUAACCAUGGCUGAAGCAUUAAAGACUGUCAUCUCCCAGAGUACAGAGUGUCCAGUGUGUCGUUCUACAUUCACCGAUCCCAAGAUCCUGUCAUGUUCUCACACUUUCUGCAAGACUUGUCUGGACAACCUUUUAGAGUACCACGGUAACUCCCAGAUCCGAUGCCCUGUCUGUAGAGCUGUAACCCAGGUCCCAAACAAAGAUGUCGGCAGACUACAGGUAAAUCUUGCUUUGAAGAGUCUAAUAGAGGAUAUGAAGGGCCAUCAUCAGAUUUGCACAAAUUGUAAAUCCAAUGACAAGCCCCAUGCUAAUGUCUACUGUCAAGAUUGUGACACGUAUCUCUGCACCUUUUGUCUUAUUAAGCACUCUCAAUGGGAAGGCUUUAUCGAUCAUGAAGUUAUUGCCAUGAGUGAGAUCUCGUCAGGCAAGGUGUCUGUACGUAGAUACCGCAAAUGCAGGAAACACCCGAAAGAAGAUGAGGGAAAAGGUGUAUUUAAGAGAAACAUUAGAAAUAAUGAGCUAGGCCUUGGUAAGGUUGCUAAUGUAGUUGGAAAAGAUGAGCUAGGCCUUGGUAAGAUUAUUUAUGUAAUGAUUAUAAUAAUAGUUAGUUUUUGUAUAGCUCAAAUCGCUCUUCAGCAUAAUAUUGUAGUUGGCCUUGGUAAGAUUUUUAAUGUAGACCGAGUUGAAGAGAACGUCGUUUUGCCUACUUAUAACAUUGCUAAUGUAAAGAGCGUUGCUUUGCCAGCUAAGAAUAGCAUGAAUGCUAUGGUUAGUACACCAGACGGUAGGAUGGCAGUAGGAUAUCACUCCGGUGGCAUCUCCAUCUUCUCUUCUGAUGGUAAGCUUCAGCAGACAGUUCUUAAGGAUGUUAACGUUCGUGGAUUAGGGUUCCUCUCUAAUGGUCGAUGUGUUGUGAUUGAUUUUUCAAACAGCAUCACACUGUACACACCAGAGUACACAAAGAUGAAUGUAAUGUUUAAGAUUCUGAGUAAAGAUGAAGUUGGGAUUCUCACUGUUGAUGGUGAUGAUCAGAUCUACAUGACCUACUGGAAAGUCAUGAAGAUCCAGGUAUUUUCAACAGCAGGAGGGCAAGCAAUCAGGGAGAUACCAUGCAACGGGUAUUCACCACAUCAAAUCACUAGUUACGAUGGUUUUCUGAUCACUUCAUCAAUUGAUACUAUCAGAUUAAUAAACAAACAGGGUGCUGUACAACAUGAAUUAAAGAAACCGGGUAGUCCCCUUUUCGCUGCUGUAUCUCAGUGGGAUACAAUCCUGAUGGCCAAGGUGGAGGAGGAUGAAGGUUUGGUGAGCAUUGACGAGUAUACAAAUGAACUAAGACAUAUCCGAAACCUAGUAAAUGACUUCAAGAUUGAGAAGCCUGAGAGAGUUUGGUAUUACCUCCAGCAGUACCGAUCAGGAGAGAUCGCCUUCUGCACUCCGGAUAGACUCUAUAUAUUCAAACAAAAAUAAUGGAUGAUAUUAACAUUGAUAUAUGAUAUCACAAUAUCGCAGAAGGUGGCGGGGGGGGGGGGAUUUCCACUGAGUUGCCAUUUUCUGUUAAAGUAAGCUGCUAUUAUAUAGAACUACAAGAAACAGUUGUUGGAUAAUUUCUUUCUGGUUUCUCACCAAUAAAAAUGCAUAUCGCUGCUUGUAUCUUUUUAUUUUCAACUUUGGAUGUAUCAACCAUCAUCUUUAUCAUGUUUAUCAUGUUUAUUCUGUGUUUGGAAAUUCUCAUACCUGCAUAUCAGACACAAUGUUGUUAAAUAUUUUAUGACAAACCAAAUGAUUCUCUAUCCUUAUACAUGACUAUAUAUAAUAUUUGACUAGUAAUGCCCAUGGGGUGUGUGAGGUCUUUAUCAUUGAUAUCAAAAGUGUGUACAUUAUGCUAUACUGUUUAUGCGCGUAUAUACUUGUAUUAAUAAAUUGGAAUAUCGUGAUUCUAUGAUAUGAUUAUAUCUAGACAUUAUUAUAAUGUGUAAAUAAAUAAAUAUUACCUUCGUGGAAAUGGUCUGAUUAACACUCUUAAAAAUUUUCGAAGUAGAUCAACUUGAAAUUGCAAUUAUAUGGAAUUACUCGAAUGUAAAACACACAAAAAACUUAUUGUAUUUCAGAAAAUAGCACGAAUAAAAAAAAAACAUAAUUAGUAGAUCUCAAUUUUUAUUUUCGGCUUUCCAAUUAUCAAGCAUCAUCUUUAUCAUGUUCAUCCUAUUUGAGGGAAUUUCUAGUUCUUGUAUUUUAGACAUAAUUUUAUUUAGAUAUUUCAUGAGAAAUCAAAUGAUUCUCCAUUCAUGUACAUGUAUAUAAUAUUUGACUAGUAUUGACCAUGGUGGCGGUGAGAUGUUUACCAUCGAUAUUAAAGAGUGUAUAUAACUGUUUAUCUAUGUAUACCUGUAUUCUUUAUUAUGAAGAAUAAUUAUCAUAAUCCUUACAAUGUAUUUGUAUUCUGGUAGACAUACGUACAUGUAUGGCUUUCCUGUGUAUAAAUAAUUUUCACUGUAUUUGAUGCGGAAAUUGUUUGAAUUACACUACUACUUUUUUAAAGUAUAUAGUUCAAUGCAAUGAUAAUGCAAUUAUAUGGAAUAACUCGAUUAUGAAAUAAAAAAUAACUUUAUUGUAUUUCAGACAAUGGCACAAAAAAUGUACAGUAAA